AUGGAGUUUCAGAGCACUCUGGUUCUGGUGGGCUUGAUGGUGGUUCUGCUGACGUACUUCAGGUGGAGGGGCAAAAAAGGCAUCCAUCUGCCCCCAGGUCCCACCGGUCUGCCUGUGUUGGGCAACUUGCUCCAAGUGGACAAAAAAGAGCCAUUCAAGACUUUUGUGAAGCUGAGUGAGACCUACGGCCCAGUUCUCACCCUGAACCUGGGGCUCCAGCGGACCGUGGUUCUGGUCGGGUUUAAGACCGUGAAGGAGGCUCUCAUCGACCAGGGAGAGGAGUUCACUGGCCGAGUUCCCAUGCCAUUACUGCAAAAGAUCGUACAAGGACACGGUUUGACGAUCAGUAAUGGAGAUCAAUGGCGGCAGCUCCGGCGCUUCACACUCAGCACGCUCAGAGACUUUGGAAUGGGCCGCAAGAUAAUGGAGGACUGGAUCAGAGAGGAGAGCAAGCACCUGAUCGACAGCCUGAGAAGCACAAACUCCGCACCCUGUGACCACACCUUCUUCUUCAAUCGGGCGGUGUCCAAUGUCGUCUGUUCUCUGGUGUUUGGCCAGCGUUUUGACUACAAGGACAACAACUUCCUGCAACUCCUCAAGGCCAUCUCAGUGACCUUGCAAUUCAUCAGCAAACCGUGGGGACAGCUGUACAACUUGUUCCCACGGAUGUUUGACAUCCUUCCCGGGGAGCACCAUCGUGUCUUCGCUGGGUUUGAGAAGCUGAGGGCGUUCGUCAAAGAGAGGAUCCAGAAACACCAGGAGACGUUGAGCCCCGACUGUCCCAGAGACUACAUCGACUGCUACCUCAUCAAGCUGAGCAAGGAGAAGGACAUCCCCAUGAAUGUGUUUACCUACAAAAACUUGGUGGGAACAGUCCUCAACCUGUUUCUGGCUGGGACAGAGACUACCAGCACCACCAUACGCUAUGCUAUCAUGAUGCUCAUCAAGCACCCUCAGAUACAAGAACGCGUCCAUCAGGAGAUCGACAAUGUGAUUGGAAGAGAGAGGCUCCCACUGAUGGAGGACAGGAAGUCCCUCCCCUUCACAGAUGCGGUGAUCCACGAGGUGCAGCGAGUCCUGGAUAUUGUGCCUCUCAGCCUUCCUCGUUAUGCCACUCAAGACAUCUCAUUCAAAGGCUACACCAUUCCAAAGGACACAGUGAUCAUUCCUCUGUUGCACUCUGUGCUGAGGGAUGAUGAACACUGGGAGACCCCUUUGUCCUUUAACCCAGGACACUUCCUGGAUCAGAAUGAAAACUUCAAGAAGAGCCCGGCGUUUAUGGUCUUCUCUGCAGGUAAGCGCAGCUGUGUGGGUGAAUCUCUGGCUCGGAUGGAGCUUUUCCUCUUCCUGGUGGCCCUGCUCCAGCGUUUCACCUUUACCUGCCCCGGAGGGCCAGACAGCCUGGACCCCACCCCUGAGCUCAGCAGCUUCGCCAGCCUGCCCAGGAGAUACGAGCUCAUCGCUACCCCCCGCUGA